AUGGGGGAUGUGAAACUGGUGACAUCUACUCGAGUCUCCAAAACCUCCCUGACACUCAGCGCCCCCGUCCCUGCUGAAGCACCAGCAUUUACUCUUCCUCCUCGGAAUAUCCGAGUGCAGCUGGGAGGCACUGCAAGAUUUGAGGGGAAGGUCAGAGGCUACCCUGAGCCUCGGAUCACGUGGUACAGAAAUGGACAUCCUGUCCCAGAGGGAGACCGUUAUGUCGUGGACCGCAGCAUUCGGGGGAUAUUCAGCUUGGUAAUCAAAGGUGUACAGGAAGGUGAUGAUGGUAAAUACACUUGCGAGGCUGCAAAUGAUGGUGGAGUUCGUCAAGUGACCGUGGAACUGACAGUGGAAGGAAACUCCUUGAAGAGAUACAGCCUGCCAUCCAGUGCCAAAACCCCUGGGGGAAGAAUUCCUGUUCCAUCUGUGGAGCAUAGGCCAAGCAUCUGGGGAGAGAGUCCACCCAAGUUUGCUACAAAACCCAAUAGAGUUGUUGUGCGUGAAGGCCAAACAGGCAAAUUCUCAUGUAAAAUAACAGGACGACCUCAGCCUCGAGUAACUUGGUUUAAGGGUGAUACUCAGUUGCAGCAAAAUGACCGUUUCAACAUGUUUGAGAAAACAGGCAUCCAGUUCUUGGAAAUCCAAAAUGCUCAGCUUGCUGAUGCAGGAAUUUACACAUGCACAGUGGUAAACAGUGCUGGGAAGGCAUCUGUGUCUGCAGAGCUCACUGUUCAAGGUCCAGAUAAGACUGACAUAUAUGCUCAGCCACCAUGCAUGCCAUCAAAACCAACACUUGCUGUUAAAGCGGUUGAAAAUUCAGAAUUCAAACAGGCAACUAGCAAUGGGAUUGCUAAAGAGCUGAAAUGUAGCAGCACUGAACUCAUGGUUGAAACCAAAACCAGGGUGCCAGCAAUGAAAGAGGCCUUUUACAUCACCAGAGAAGCCAAAGGCAGUAAGCAGGGACAGCAUCAAGAAGCUAAUGCAGUGUCUCCUCAAGAACCUAAAGAAGGAACAAAGGUAUCUCAGGUCUUGCAGAAAACUUCAAGCACCAUUACACUACAAGCUGUCAAACUGCAACGAGAACCAAAGGCAGAGUCCCAGGCCACUUUCAUCAGGCAGGGUGAAGACAGGAAAAGGGCUGUGCAUCCCCUGAUGUCAACACAUCAAACCCCAUCUCUGGCAGGGCAAGUCAGUCCAAGGAGCAGAGAAACAGAAAACAGGUCUGGAACCCGGAAGGCUGUAAUGGAGGAGAAGAGGGAGCCUCUGGGAAUUCCUCCUCAGUUUGAGAGCCGUCCACAGAGCAUGGAAGCAUCAGAAGGCCAGGAGAUUAAAUUCAAGAGCAAAGUUUCAGGGAAACCAAAACCAGAUGUGGAGUGGUUCAAAGAGGGUGAACCUAUUAAAGAUGGAGAAGAUAUCCAAAUAUAUGAAGAAGAUGGAAUUCAUUGCCUAUGGUUAAAGAAAGCCUGCUUGGGGGACAGUGGAUCUUAUAGCUGUGCAGCUUUCAACCCCAAAGGCCAGACUUCUACCAGUUGGUUGUUAACUGUCAGAAGGCCUAAAAUUCAAGAGGUUGCUCCAUGCUUUUCCAGUGUCUUGAAAGGAUGCACUGUGAGUGAAGGGCAAGACUUCGUGCUGCAGUGCUGUGUAGGAGGCAUACCGAUGCCUCAGAUCACAUGGCUUCUCAAUGACCAGCCAAUUCAGUAUGCCCAUUCCACUUUUGAAGAUGGAGUUGCGAAAUUGACUGUUCAAGAUGCCCUACCAGAAGAUGAUGGCAUUUAUACCUGUCUGGCUGAAAACAACACAGGACAGGCAUCUUGCAGUGCUCAGGUCACAGUCAAAGAAAAGAAGAGCAGCAAGAAGGCAGAAAAUGCACAGGCUGCCAAGUUAAACAAGACUUUUGCACCCAUCUUCCUUAAAGGCCUGACUGACCUCAAAGUAAUGGAUGGAAGUCAAGUGAUAAUGACUGUGGAGGUAUCAGCUAACCCACCUCCUGAAAUUAUCUGGCUGCACAAUGGGAAAGAAAUCCAGGAGACAGAAGAUUUCCACUUUGAGAAGAAAGGCAAUGAGUACAGUCUGUAUAUCCAGGAAGUAUUUCCUGAAGAUACAGGCAAAUACACCUGUGAAGCCUGGAAUGAAUUAGGAGAAACUCAAACCCAGGCUACAUUGACAGUACAAGAACCUCAGGAUGGUAUUCAGCCCUGGUUCAUUAGCAAACCGAGAUCAGUGACAGCAGCUCCUGGGCAAAACGUCCUUAUAUCCUGUGCCAUUGCUGGAGAUCCUUUCCCCACUGUUCACUGGUUUAAAGAUGGACAAGAAAUAAUGCCGGGAACAGCAUGUGAAAUCCUGCAAAAUGAAGACAUCUUCACACUGAUCUUGAGGAAUGUGCAGUCUCGUCAUGCAGGGCAAUAUGAAAUUCAGCUCAG